GGGAAGGAAGUUUACUUCGCGCGCGGUGCUCAACUCCGAGCUGGGGGAGCCCCCUGCGCCGCGCCCCCCACCCCGGCGCUCACGCUCCCCCGGGCCCGCACCGCCGAGUGGGGCGCCUUUGGGGGUUCAGAGCUGCAGGAAGAUGGGGACCCGUGUCGGGGCGCCCGCGCCUAACCCGCUGGGCUCGCGGCCCGCGUGGAGAGCGCUCUUCGCUGCUGGUUGCUCCCGAGGCGAGAGUGCGGGCGGACGGGGCCAAGUGUCGGCGUCCGGCUGCGCAAGUUUCUCCCCGCAUCUCUACCCCGACACACGCACCCCGGCCCCCAGAAAUCCUUAGCUUCGGUGUGCGCCCUCUGAGGAUCGUGGCACCCCGUACUCCCAGGACUCGGAAGGGUCGUUUUCCGGGGCUGGGGGACUGUCUCGCCAGAGGAGAAUCCCCCUGAAAGGGAGGCACUCGCUUUCUCCGAUGGAGGCGACGACUGCGGGGUCCCGAAGGGAAUGAACAAGUUCAGAACAAAGUUUGUGUGAGGGAACUAAGGCCGAGAGUGGGAGACAUCCGCCAGGGAAUUUGGGGUACCGGAGGAGGACACUUCGAACCCCUCCUUGUCCCUGAAGGAGUUUCACUUUAGGGGCCUCCGAGCUCCCAGGCCCAGGGCCGGCGGCGACGGAGCGGCGCUGGGGCUCGGUCCCCGGCGGGAUGCUCGCCCCUCGGCGGCGGGAGGACGAGGGACAGCCCUGGCGGGGUCUCGGCGGCUCCGGGUGCCUCUCAGGAUGCGCGAGUCCCGGGCGGCGUUCUGGGGUCUGGAGGAGGGAGCUGGACCCCGACAGGGCUCAGAAGCGCGCCCUUGGAUGGGUACCUCUGUCCACUAAACUCUGCGGCCGCCCGGGCCCCACGGUCCCCGGGUCCUUCCCUAGAGGCCUGCUUCUCAGUAGGGUUGGGGCUCAGGGACCCGCGCAGAACCCGGCAGAGAAGCGAAUGGACCCCCUCCCUUCACCCCGGCCGUCGGGAAAGCGGAUUCCUGGCGUGGGGUCCCUGUAAGAAAUUGGGGAGAACUGAGACCGGUUAAGGAAAUUGUUUACAGUACCUGCCCCCACACCCCCAUCCCAGUGCUUUCUCAAGCUUCAAGCCUUACCUAGAGUCUCUGGGAUUUCUCAGUCCGCUGGGAAGAGCCCCUGAACCCCGCUUUCCACCCCAGGCGAAACCCGGUCCGCGAGGGAAAUGGAGGUGAAAUUACCCAAGGCCGCUGCCACCACUCCGAGAGACACGGAGAAGGGUCAACCGAAUCGCACCACUAAGAGCAAGGACGCCCACGUCUGUGGCCGGUGCUGCGCUGAGUUCUUUGAAUUAUCCGAUCUUCUGCUCCACAAGAAGAACUGUACUAAAAAUCAAUUAGUUUUAAUCGUAAAUGAAAGUCCAGCCUCCCCACCUGAAACCUUCUCCCCCAGCCCCCCUCCCGAUAAUCCCAGCGAACAAAUGAAUGACGCAGUUAACAAAACAGAUCCAGUAGACUGCAGCAACCUUUCAGAACACCAAGGACUGGACAGGGACGAGUCCAUGGAGGUGGAGGCCCCGGUGGCUAACAAAGGUGGCAGUGGUCCUCUGAGCAGCAGCCACAGCAGUGCCACCCCAGGCUGCAGCAGCACCUCCUCCACGGGUACCUCAGCGAUCACAACCUCUCUACCUCAACUCGGGGACCUGACAACACUGGGCAACUUCUCCGUGAUCAACAGCAACGUCAUCAUCGAGAACCUCCAGAGCACCAAGGUGGCGGUGGCCCAGUUCUCCCAGGAGGCGAGGUGCAGCGGGGCCUCCGGCGGCAAGCUGGCCGUCCCAGCCCUCAUGGAGCAGCUCUUGGCCCUGCAGCAGCAGCAGAUCCACCAGCUGCAGCUGAUCGAACAGAUUCGUCACCAAAUAUUGCUGUUGGCUUCUCAGAAUGCAGACUUGCCAACAUCUUCUAGUCCUUCUCAAGGUACUUUACGAACAUCUGCCAACCCCUUGUCCACACUAAGUUCCCAUUUAUCUCAGCAGCUGGCGGCAGCAGCUGGAUUAGCACAGAGCCUCGCUAGCCAAUCUGCCAGCAUCAGCGGUGUGAAACAGCUACCCCCCAUCCAGCUACCUCAGAGCAGUUCUGGCAACACCGUCAUUCCACCCAACAGCGGCUCUUCUCCCAAUGUUAACAUAUUGGCGACAGCAGUUACCACCCCGUCCUCAGAAAAAGUGGCUUCGAGCGCUGGUGCCUCCCAUGCCAGCAACCCAGCAGUCUCGGCAUCCUCCUCACCAGCUUUUGCAAUAAGCAGUUUAUUAAGUCCUGCAUCUAAUCCACUUCUACCUCAGCCAGCCCCUGCUAACUCGGUUUUCCCCAGCCCUUUGCCCAACAUCGGAACAACUGCGGAGGAUUUGAACUCCUUGUCUGCCUUGGCCCAGCAAAGAAAAAGCAAGCCACCAAAUGUCACUGCCUUCGAAGUGAAAAGUACUUCGGACGAGGCGUUCUUCAAACACAAGUGCAGGUUCUGUGCGAAGGUCUUCGGAAGCGACAGUGCCUUGCAGAUCCACCUGCGUUCCCACACCGGAGAGAGGCCGUUCAAGUGCAACAUCUGUGGGAACAGGUUCUCCACUAAGGGGAACCUCAAAGUCCACUUUCAGCGCCACAAAGAGAAAUACCCUCAUAUCCAGAUGAACCCCUAUCCCGUGCCUGAGCAUUUAGACAAUAUCCCCACAAGUACCGGCAUCCCCUAUGGCAUGUCCAUUCCUCCAGAAAAGCCAGUCACCAGCUGGCUAGACACCAAACCGGUCCUGCCCACUCUGACCACUUCCGUCGGCCUUCCAUUGCCCCCGACCCUCCCGAGCCUCACGCCCUUCAUCAAGACCGAAGAGCCAGCCCCGAUCCCCAUCAGCCAUUCUGCCGCCAGCCCCCCAGGCUCUGUCAAAAGUGACUCCGGGGCCCCAGAGCCAGCCACAAGGAGCCUGGGUGGGCUCCCGGAGGAAGCGGAAGGGCCCACGGUGCCCCCCUCCAGUGGCAAAAGCGAAGAGAGCAGCGUGGUCACCAGCUCAGCCCCGGCAGUGAGCAGCAGUGCUCUGAGCUCCCCGGCAGCAGACUGCGGCCCGGGCACUGCCACCACCUUCACCAACCCUCUGUUACCACUCAUGUCCGAGCAGUUCAAGGCCAAGUUUCCUUUUGGAGGACUGUUGGACUCAGCCCAGGCAUCAGAGACGUCCAAGCUUCAGCAACUGGUAGAAAACAUUGACAAGAAGGCCACUGAUCCCAAUGAGUGUAUCAUCUGCCACCGGGUCCUCAGUUGCCAGAGCGCCUUGAAGAUGCACUACCGGACACACACUGGGGAGAGGCCCUUUAAGUGUAAGAUCUGUGGCCGGGCUUUCACCACGAAAGGGAAUCUUAAAACCCAUUACAGUGUUCAUCGUGCUAUGCCCCCGCUCAGAGUCCAGCAUUCCUGCCCCAUCUGCCAGAAGAAGUUCACUAACGCUGUCGUCCUGCAGCAGCACAUUCGAAUGCACAUGGGAGGCCAGAUCCCCAACACCCCAGUCCCUGACAGCUACCCUGAGUCCAUGGAGUCUGACACGGGCUCCUUUGAUGAGAAAAAUUUUGAUGACUUAGACAACUUCUCCGAUGAAAACAUGGAGGACUGUCCCGAGGGCAGCAUCCCUGAUACGCCCAGGUCCGCGGAUGCGUCCCAAGACAGCCUAUCGUCUUCGCCUUUGCCCCUGGAGAUGUCAAGCAUUGCUGCUUUGGAAAAUCAGAUGAAGAUGAUCAAUGCCGGCCUGGCAGAGCAGCUGCAGGCCAGCCUGAAGUCGGUGGAGAAUGGGUCGGUCGAGGGGGACGUCCUGACCAAUGAUUCGUCCUCAGUGGGUGGCGAUAUGGAGAGCCAAAGUGCUGGCAGCCCAGCCAUCUCAGAGUCUACCUCUUCCAUGCAGGCUCUGUCCCCAUCCAACAGCACCCAGGAGUUCCACAAGUCACCCAGCGUCGAGGAGAAGCCACAGAGAGCCGUGCCCAGCGAGUUUGCCAACGGUUUGUCUCCCACCCCAGUGAACGGUGGGGCUUUGGAUUUGACAUCUAGUCACGCAGAGAAAAUCAUCAAAGAAGAUUCUUUGGGGAUCCUCUUCCCUUUCAGAGACCGGGGUAAAUUUAAAAAUACCGCUUGCGACAUUUGUGGCAAAACAUUUGCUUGUCAGAGUGCCUUGGACAUUCACUACAGAAGUCAUACCAAAGAGAGACCAUUUAUUUGCACAGUUUGCAAUCGUGGCUUUUCCACAAAGGGUAAUUUGAAGCAGCACAUGUUGACACAUCAGAUGCGAGAUCUACCAUCACAGCUCUUUGAGCCCAGUUCCAACCUUGGCCCCAAUCAGAACUCGGCGGUGUUGCCCGCCAACUCUUUGCCAUCUCUCAUCAAAACAGAGGUCAACGGCUUUGUGCACGUUACUCCUCAGGACAGUAAGGACACCCCCACCAGUCACCUCCCUUCUGGGCCUCUGUCAUCCUCUGCCACUUCCCCAGUUCUGCUCCCAGCUCUGCCCAGGAGAACUCCCAAACAGCACUACUGCAACACGUGUGGCAAAACCUUCUCCUCCUCGAGUGCCCUGCAGAUUCACGAGAGAACUCACACUGGAGAGAAACCCUUUGCUUGCACUAUUUGUGGAAGAGCUUUCACAACAAAAGGCAAUCUUAAGGUACACAUGGGCACUCACAUGUGGAAUAGCACCCCCGCGCGACGGGGUCGGCGGCUCUCUGUGGACGGCCCCAUGACAUUUCUAGGAGGCAAUCCUGUCAAGUUCCCAGAAAUGUUCCAGAAGGAUUUGGCAGCAAGGUCAGGAAGUGGAGAUCCUUCCAGCUUCUGGAAUCAGUAUGCGGCGGCACUCUCCAACGGGCUGGCGAUGAAGGCCAAUGAGAUCUCCGUCAUUCAGAACGGUGGCGUCCCUCCAAUUCCUGGAAGCCUGGGCAGUGGGAGCAGCUCACCUAUUAGUGGGCUGACGGGAAAUCUGGAGAAGCUCCAGAACUCAGAGCCCAGCGCUCCUCUGGCCGGCCUGGAGAAAAUGGCAAGCAGCGAGAACGGAACCAACUUCCGUUUCACCCGCUUCGUGGAAGACAGCAAAGAGAUCGUCACGAGUUAGAGCAACUCUGGCUGGAGAAAUAGCAUUCCUGUUCAGAAUGAGACCCACGGUUGCCUCCUACUCCUUGCCCUGUGCCCCCGGCCUCUGGUUCCCCCAGAUCUAUGAACUAUCACAUUAUGAAGACAUUCUUUUGUACCUUGUUCAACUUCUAGAGUUCUAAGAAAGCUUAUUUAUUAGUGAUAUAACCUUGCUUUGCAAACAGAAUGCAAGCAUUAACUUUGGUCUUCUGUAUUUUGGACUAAUACUAAUUGACUAGAGUGCUGUAAGCUUGCUGUAACAUUUAUGGCAAUUGCAAGUUGCCCUGCUAGGCGGUCUUAAUCUGGCAUUAACUUAUUUUCUAUAUCCAGUUUAAUAUGAAUCUGGUGUUGAUGCAAUGCCUCAGUGAUGCAUUAGAUCUCUAAUAAAGUCUGUAUAUAAAUGUACACUUUGAUCCUGCUGGAAAAUUUUAUCAGCAAACACAUUGUCUAAUCUUUCGAAACAAAUUUAAGGAAAGGACUGAAAGUACAGAUUGAGCAGUGUGGUUCUUUGAAAGGUUUGGUUUUUUGAUUUUUCGUCUAAACUUCAACCUGCUUUUCUUUUUUUGUAGAUUUAACCUUUUCCGUAUGGAACUGCUAUUUGUAUUGUGCUUUUUCCUUGAGUCGUCCUCAAUGUUAAUAAGUUUCUGUACAGUAAUAAGCACGCAGAAUUCUUUAGAGAAAAUACAAGUGUUGUUUUGGUAGUUGAAACUGAGACGUAACAUUUUGCCUUGUAGGUAUAUUCACAAUAGGAAACGUGUGCUGGAAUUUCACAAUGCUGCUAAGUAUAGCAUCUUGAACAACCUUCAGUGGAGAAAUGUAGAUGCUCUUGUAUAUACAAUAAGAAAUAUCACUUUCAUUAAAAUGUACAUAGGUUCCUUACAAGAGCAAAUGCUUCUUCUUGAUCAAGAGAGCAGGUAUAGUGUUUGUUUAUUUUGUAUUAGAUAUGGAAGAAAAAAUUGGACUGUUACAUGCACUUUCUUGGAAAGUUGAAAGGAAGGGGGGGGUCCAAUUUCUUUAACAUUUAAUACUUACUAACAACAGAGAUACUGUAAUUUUACUCAAGUAAUCAAAUACAUUUUUUUUUGCAACAGA